AUGGCGAAGUGUGAGGCGCAAUGUCGAAAUAAAUACCGAUUUCGACUCCAAGCUAAGGUCAGAUUAGUCUUCUUUGUCCCGUUCGACCCCAAGCUAAGUCCUCCGAGUCAGCCCCCUGUAGAGUCUAACGAGGCACCCCGUCCUCGAGUCCGGAGAGACUUCCACCAAUACCCACCUACACCCUCCUCUAGAUCCCACCCAGAGACUCCUCCAUUCCUCACAGAUACCCCUCCGAUCCUCCCAGACCUCCCGGGCACUCCUCAAAACCCCGUAGCCGGCCAAACGCCCCCCUGUCCUCCCAGAAUCCAGUCCUCCAGACGCCCCUCCUGUCCUGUCCUCCCAGCAGCAGCCUCCGAGACGCCCCCUGUCCUCCCGUUCAACUCACCCCUCCUGUCCUCCCCCCGCCCAAUCACCCCUUCUGUCCUCUCAGACGCCCCUCCUGUCCUCCCAGACCACUCCCCGCAGCCCGCCUACGCCCUCCAGCCCCUGACCUCGAAGACACCCCUCCUGUCCUCUCAGAACCCCGUAGCCCGCCCAAACGCCCCUCCAUUACUCCUAGCACACCCUCCUGUCCUCCCAGACGCCCCACCAUGUCCUCCGCAGCCCGCCCAGACGCCCUCCAGCCCCUCGGACACCCCUCCUGUCCUCCGCAGACGGCCUCCUGUCCUACCAGACGCCCCUCCAGUCCUCCCAGACGCCCCUCCUGUCCUCCAGACGCCCCUCCUGUCCUCCCAGACACCCCUCCUGUCCUUCCCGUAG